CACUGUCAUGUUUCUUGAUCUGACACCUUUACUGGAUCAAACAAAUCCCUUAUGAGUCUGAAGAAGCAUCCUGACCUGAAACGAUGCUCACCCAUUCCCUCUGCAGAUGCUUCCUGACCCUCUGAGAUGCUCCAGCACUUUGAAUUUUGGCCAAGGUUCCAGAGCCUGCAUUUGGAAAGCAGUGACAGGAUCGGUCAAAGUCAGCAUGGAUUUGUGAAGGGGAAAUCAUGCUUGACUAAUCUUCUGGAAUUUUUUGAGGAUGUAACAAGUAGAAUGGAUAAGGGAAAGCCAGUGGAUUUGGUGUAUCUGGACUUUCAAAAAGCCUUUGACAAGGUCCCACACAAGAGAUUAGUGUGCAAAACUAGAGCACAUGGUAUUUGGGGUAGGGUAUUGACAUGGAUAAAGAACUAGUUGACAGAAUGGCAGGCAGUGAUUAAUGGGGUGCCGCAAGGCUCGGUGCUGGGGCCCCAGUUAUUUACCAUAUAAACGAUUUAGACAAGGGUAUUAAAUGUGACAUCUCCAAGUUUGUAGAUGACACAAAGCUGGGUGACAGUGUGAGCUGCGAUGAGAAUGCUAUGAGGCUGCAGAGUGACUUGAAUAGGUUGGUUGAGUGGGCAGAUGCAUGGCAGAUGCAGUAUAAUGUGGAUAAAUGUGAGGUUAUCCACUUUGGUGGCAAGAACAAAAAGGCUGAAUUUUUUGAAUGGUGUCAGAUUAGGAAAAGGUGAGGUGCAACAAGACCUGGGUGUUCUUGUACAUCAGUCACUGAAAGUAAGAAUGCAGGUACAGCAGGCAGUGAAGAAAGCAAAUGGCAUGUUGGCCUUCAGAGCAAGAGGAUUUGAGUGUAGGAGCAAGGAGGUCCGACUGCAAUUGUACAGGGUCCUGGUGGGACCACACCAGGAGUAUUGUGUGCAGCAUUAGUCUCCUAAUUUGAGGAAGAACAUUUUACUAUAGAGGGAGUGCAGCAUAGCUUCCCCAGGUUAGUUCCCGGAUUGGCAGGACUGACAUAUGAUAAAAGAAUGGGUCAACUGGGCUAAUAUUCACUGGAAUUUAGAAGGAUGAGAGGGCAUCUUAUAGAAGCAUGUAACAUUCUUAAGGGAUUGGACAGGCUAGAUGCAGGAACAAAGUUCCCCAUGUUGGGGAGUCCAGAACCAGGAGACACGGUUUAAGAAUAAGGGGUUGGCCAUUUAGGACUGAGACGAGGAAAAGCUUUUUCACCCAGAGAGCUGUAAAUCUGCGGAAUUCUCUGCCAUAGAACGCAGUGGAGGGCAAUUCCAGAGACAGAGAGUGGUGAAUCUCUGAAACUCUCUGCCGCAGAGGGUAGUCGAGGCCAGUUCAUUGGCUAUAUUUAAGAGGGAGUUAGAUGUGGCACUUGUGGCUAAGGGGAUCAGAGGGUAUGGAGAGAAGGCAGGUACGGGAUACUGAGUUGGAUGAUCAGCCAUGAUCAUAUUGAAUGGCGGUGCAGGCUCGAAGGGCAGAAUGGCCUACUCCUGCACCUAAUUUCUAUGUUUCUAAUUCACUGAAUGUUUUCAAGAGAGAGUUAGAUUUAGCUCUUAGGGCUAAAGGAAUCAAAGGAUAUGGGGAAAAAGCAAGAACAGGGUAAUGAUUUUGGAUGGUCUCUAUACCUCGGUGUACGGUAUUUACUACAAGUCUUCAGUCAUUUGCCAUCCCUCUUAUUCCAUGAUUCAAUAAUCCAAUGGUGUUGCCACAUUUUCUCUUGUAUCAUCUGCCUGAACGUUUGCAGCAAAAUUCUAGCCUGACACCUCCCAAACAUCAACUCAGUUUGCAGGUGACCAUGGCAGGAGAAUGUUGCGCAUCCCCAAGUUGCUCAAGUAUGAAAGGUCGUUUACUAAGGUCGUCGCAGUCUGUCAUUUUGGGACUAGAGUCACUGAAGUCAAUCCAGGUCAACCAUUCGGUGACAAAUGAGUCAAAGCCAAUCUCUUUUGCCAAAGGACAUUCAUGAACCUAACUGAGAGUGUAAGCUGAAGAUAGGAAAUGCUGGUGUAACUCAGCGGGACAGGCAACAUCUCUGGAUAAGACAUUUGUGUCUAUCUUUUGUGUAAACCUCUAUCCAGAGAUGUUGCCUGUCUCACUGAGUAACUCCAGCAUUUUGUGUCUGUCUUGGUGUAAACCAGCAUCUGCAAUUACUUCCUACACAUGAGAAUGUAAACCUCUCCGCUUUGUGAUCACUUUUACAAAUAACUGUCACGGCAUCAAGUGGUGGGGCUGGGAAGUCAGAACCCUCGUCAUUGGUCGGCAUGGUCACGUGACCGCGGGGGGUUCAUUCGCAGAGUUUUAGUUAUCAGCGCUCCCCCCAGCGACAGGACCUGUGUUCUUUAGCUCGACUAGGCAUGCGGUUCUUACGGGUUUAUGUUUGUUUUUAGCGAAUUAAAAACUAUCUCACUCAACCCGCCUGGUCUCCCUUCAUGACGAUUAUUUAUUGCAAAUGAAUGUAAAACCUCAAACAUACAAGUAUUGAAAUUUGUUUUCUGUAUUAUUGCAGGCUCCAAGUUUACUAGCUCAGUGGCAUUAGUGUGACACAGCCAUACCUGUACACAAGGCUGUGAAAUAACAAAUUCAAUCGGGUUUUAAAAAAUGCUGAGUGUGAUAUAACCUCUGAACUUACUGGACAAACAAAUCAAACUAUUUAUAAAAGUAUCUUUCCUUUUGUCUUUCAGUAACUUGACAGUUAACUAAUUUCCUGAUUUAAAAACAAAACAUUUGGUAACUUUCAGACAUGCAGGAUGUUGAAUUAUGUUCCCAAUUUUGGGCCUCUCUUAAAUUUCAUCAUCCACAUAAGGAAUAGUAAGAGUUGUGAAACGAGUUUCAAUAGAUAUUCUUGCUGAGCACUGUCGCUGCUGCACUGGGACGUCAAGGCAGACUGAUGGCCCUUACUGAAGAAACAGGCAAUUCAUCAGUCAUAGCCACAAUUAAUAGAACAUGUUUGCUGGAUGAACAGUUCCUCACAAUAAUGAUGCCUCCGAUCCUUACAAUCUUCUUCAUUUUAGCUGCAAGCUUCAACAGUCUGGCCCUAUGGAUAUUUUGCUCGCACAUGAAGAAAAAGACCCCAAUUGACAUUUUGAUGUUGAAUCUGUGCAUGGUCGACUUGCUUUUCACACUCACCUAUCCUCUCGUAAUAAUUUACCACAGCAACAGCAAUUAUUGGAUAUUUGGAAACUUUGUGUGCAAACUCCAAACAUUCAUGAUGUAUUGUACCGUGUUGGCAAGUGUCUUCUUCCUGACAUGCAUCAGCAAUUAUCGAUGUUACGUGAUCAUCAAGCCUAUCCACUCCCAAAGCAGGGUUACAAAGAAAUGUACCAUUAUUAUUUGUGUGUUGAUCUGGUUAUUAGCUGGUUUAUUCGCAUUUCCGUCUUUUUAUAGAGUCAAUGUUUUUGAAUUGAAUGGAAAAAUACAUUGUUUGAGCUUCAAUCAUCCAAAUGUAGAGACAGAUGUACUCACUUUCACUAUUAUGUUGUUUAUUUUGACCUUUGGAAUUCCAUUUAUAUCCUUGCUGGUGUCAACUUUACUUAUUCAAAGGAAAUUGGCCAAUUUGACAUUAACUGCUCAUUCAGAAAAAGGCCGACAUGCUAUCAGGAUGAUGAUAGUGAUAUUGUGCAUCUUUGUAAUAUGCUUUCUUCCUAUAAACGUAGCACGUUUAAUUAUGUCCGUUGUGAGUGUCAAGAGCUGCAAAAAUUACCAACAAAUCGGAGUGGUUUACUACUGUUGCGUUCUUGCCCUUUACGCCAAUAAUGUUCUGGAUCCUUUUGUGUAUUUUUACGCUGGCACCAAAUAUCGUUCAAAGCUCAUUAAUGCCAUCAAAGGUGUGGCCUUUUGUAACAAGCUGCCAAUAGCUGCCAGCAGCACCCAAUCCAACACUGAGUCAAGAGUGUGACCAUUGAUCCAAAUAUUUAGAAUAUGCUGUUAUUAGGCCAAUGUUUACUCAAAAUUAUGCAAUUUGUGCAGCAUUAUCUGUGUUUUCAUUUGCACUUCAAGUUAAAUGUUAAACUUAAGGCUAGAUGACCUGUCCAAUGGAUCAGGCUCACCAUUACUAAUGCCAUUGGAUCAGGCAGAGGAAUGGACAGCAUCAUUUUUUAACUAAUGUUAAAAACAGACUAGCAGGCCAUUCUUUUACUAAUUGAACGCCUACAAAUGCUUGCCGUUGUUUGUAGCUAAUUACAAAAGUGAAUGAUUGUGUUAUGCUUCCCUAAAUAUGUCUCUGAAAUAAGCAUUUAAGGCACUUGAAACUUUUCAGCAAGAAUUGUUUUGUUUUGUCAUAUCCUGAUGCUCUUUUAUCGUUGCUCCCAUGAAAUUAUCUAUCUAUGCAAAUAAAAAUAUUGAAUCUAAGACAGUUGUUGACAAUCCAUUCACUUACGUAUGAAAACUGGAAGGAAGAGAGAAUGAAAGAAAAAUGACAAUCAGAUAAGGACUCAAAAAGACAGGUGGUUUAUAAUUGUUUUUAAGUCCUUGCCAUUGCACAGGAGUUGGAUUUAAACCAACUUACUACGGGAAUGGGAACCUGACAGUUUCAGAUGGUGAGAAGAAAAAGCUUCAUUAAUGCAUCAGGAAGACAGAGUCACGCUUGAAGAUCAGUGUCACCAAACAUUGCAAUGGUUUGGACAUCAGUUCAAUGAGUGAGAAAAUAAAGUCAAUGAACAGGAGCACAGAUAGACAUGUGAAACUAAGAUGUGGUUGUUGUUCGUGCUACUGGCUGAAAGAUGGACAUAAACUGCGCGUUGUCGUUAUUCUCAUGAAUUUGCUAACCAGGCCAAUCAUUCAUAUCAAAGAUGGGAAAUCCAUUGCAACCUCAAUUUGAAUUAAUAAAUCCUAUACAAUAUUAGGUGUAAAUUUCUUGAUGUUUUCUAAUAUAACCUACUGCUCCAAAUAGCCACAGUAUUGCCAUGUCUAAAGGUCCAUGGUUGCAUUUGGACUGCUAACCCAGUCUCCUGUGGAUUAAUUUUUCUCUCCAACAAAUCACUUCAACUUUGUCUGCACCCAAAUGUUCCCAUCUGUUCUACUCUCAUCUACACAGUUCCCACACUUUCCUAUAAUAGACAGAAAAAAAAU